AUGACACCCGAGCAAGAGUCAACGUUAAUUGAGCAGGCGAUAGAUGCGAAGACGUUGUCGUACGCCCCAUAUAGUGCGUUCCGUGUCGGCGCAGCGGCGCUUUUGGAGGAUGGGACGAUCGUCCAAGGGGCAAACAUAGAAAAUGCAUCCUAUGUUUUGGGCCAAGUGUUCUUGGGAAAUAAUGGGUGA